AUGCUGCAUCUCAUGUCUCCAUUCCCAUCAUAUGACUUCACAAAUUUGGUGAUGUAUGUUAAACCAAUAAAUAAUUUGUCGAAGAUCGGAAAUAACUUGUCCCAGAAAUCAGGUUACAAAAUGAAGGCGGUUGGUUUAUGCUUCGACACAAUAAAAUUGAUGUAUCAAAAGGAGGAGCGUGUGUUAUCUCUCCUGCCGGUUAUUUACGAAGACAGGGAAAACUCCGCAGACGAUGCGGGUUGGAGCGGCGGCGUAGGAAACAGCCGCGGCCGCACAGGCAACAACGGCGGCGGUAAGGGCUACAACCGCGGCGGUGCAGGCAACAACAGCGGCGGUACAGGUUACAACAGCGGCGGUACAGGUUACAACCGCGGCGGUACAGGCAACAGCCGCGGCGGUACAGGCAACAGCCGCGGUGGUACAGGCAACAACCGCGGCUGUACGGGCUACAACCGCGGCGGUACAGGCAGCAACCGCGGCGAUACAGGCGACAACGGCGGCUGUAGGGGCUGCAACCGCGACGGUAGGGGCCACAACCGCGGCGGCAUGGUCAACAACCCAGGCGGUACAGGCAACAACGGCGGCGGUACGGGCAACAACGGCGGCGGUACGGGCAACAACGGCGGCGUUACAGGCAACAACGGCCGCGUAAACAAACGCGGCGGCCGCGGAAAUGACCGCGGAAACAACCGCGGCGGCCGCAAAAGCAACCACGGUGGGCAGAAAAACCAUCGCGGCGGCCAGGGCGCUAAUAGUAGAAUGGAACCGCAAAUUCCGAUGAUUCGUAUGAAAAAGCCAGAAGAUGAGCCGCGAGGAAGGGUCACAGCAAGAUGA